AUGGUGGAGGCUUGGUGCCUUUGCGCAGGAUGCGCCGUCUCAGAAUUGGUUGCACUCAAGAAAUCGGCCAGUCCUAUUAAGGACCUUAACGCAUCAAUCCCCACUCAACCACCUCGUUCAGCUCACCUCUCGGUCGACCUGAACUCCAGCCCUGCUUUGAAUAGCUUCAGCUCAAGUUCUCUCACAACCGCCAACAUUUCAGUCCAAGACUUUUCAGUCUUCACCACGGAUCCCCAGUCACCAUGGCUUCCCUCCACGAAUUCCAGCCUGCCGGCACAAUCCGCGCAACAGUUACAGAGUCCCGAAUCACCACAACAGGACUUUGUCUUGUUCGAUCAGCCUCAGCCCCCUAAUCGGUCAACUACCUCGCUGCAAUCUCAGCGUCGUCACUCGUCUCAUCUGCACAAUCGUCACCAACAGCCUGUCUCCCCUGCUGCACAGAAUCAACGAGUCGCCCAGUUGCUCCAGGCUUUUGGUCAUUCUUCGUCCCCUGUAAACCGUCCUACGAACCAGUUUUACGCCUCUUCGGCUCCAUCGUCAUCUACCGCUUUGAACAAGCAGAAUCGCCUUGCUAGGCCUCCAGUUCCUCUCUUUUCUCAGAGUACAGGAAGUGUCCCGCAACAAACCGCCAAGAUGAUGAACGCUGCAGACGUCGAACUCCCUGAGGAGUUUACCGCCUUCGAUGGCGGGGCCAACACGGCUUUCUCUUCACCUGCUGUCCCCUCUGUCUUUGACUUUGGCGGCAGCUCUUCCAGCUCUAUUGGCAAUCUGGCGACUAUCUCGCCCCAAGAUCUUUUUGCUCAUGAUAACUUCAUGUCUGCACCUAACUCGUCAGCGCUGACGGCUUUGACUUCACCAUCUAUCUACAACGAGUCCCCCGAGUUCGAUGGCUACGAUGUGUCUCCAAACUUCGGCAGUGCCGAUUUCGACGGUGCUGCAGACCCUUGGUUUCCCUUGUUCCCCCAGGACAACAACGUUCCUUCUGCUCAACCCACCAGCGUUGAGAACUCACCGGAGCUUAAGUCUGAUGAAGUCGAUUCAGACAACCAGUCUCCUGCUCCCAGUCGCCGUAAGUCGGGUACAUCUCCUUCCACUCGUCACUCUUCUGUGGCCGGUGUGAAUGCCCGCAAGCGUGACAAGCCCCUGCCCCCUAUCGUUAUCGAUGACCCCAGCGACAUCGUCGCUAUGAAGCGUGCCCGCAACACCCUUGCAGCACGAAAGUCUCGUGAACGAAAGGCUGCUAAGAUGGAAGAACUCGAGGAAAAGAUUGCUAAGCUGGAAGCGGAGCGCGAUCACUGGAAGAGGAUCGCCCUUGCGCAAACCGGCAUGCAAUAA